CACGGCCAGAAAUUCAUGACGUUGAACAGAGCUAAACAAAGCAGGAGAGUCAGGACCGAUGGUACUAACCGGACUCAGACCCAUUAUCAACUACGGUUAAUAAGACAUGUUGCGUCAUGGUUACAUCAAUUUGCUUCUUCGCUUCGCUACAUGUAUUACAUCACGUCCAGCCAAAAAGCGAGAUCCCCAAAUUCGGUUAGUCUCAGACUUUAUUCAAGAGCGGGAACCAGAGAGCGGACGGACGGACAAAGCGCGAAAAUGGCGAGUUCGGGAAAUGAUGUCGCUUCAAACAACAACAAUCUCUCGGCACCGACGGCCUGGACGAAGAAGAUAAAUCCAAAAAAAAUUGGGCUAUCUAAGAGGGAUGAGGUUGUUUUUCUUUCACCUGCUGGUGAUGAAAUAAAGAGUAAGAGACAAUUAGAGCUGUAUCUUAAAGCUCAUCCAGGAGGUCCCUCUAUAUCUGAAUUUGACUGGAGUGCUGGUGACGGUCCUAGGCGUUCUACAAGAUUAAGCGAGAAAUCAAGAGGAACACAGACACCAGUUAGUGAACCUUCACGUAAAAGGCAAAAGAAAUCAGACUCCAUGAAGGGAGAGAAAGAAGAAGGGGAUGGUGUUGAUGAUGAUGGUGAUGGUGAGGAUGAGAUCUCUGAACUAAAAGAAGAUGAAGCAACUGGGGUAGAUGCUAAAGCAAGUGAGAAUGUGGAAAUGAUUGAUUUGGAGGAUGCAGGUGACAAGGACAAAGGAGAGGCUUAUAUUGAGGAACAGGAAGUAUUAAUAGCAGGGAGUUCUGACAUGGUCUCCAUGCCUGAAACUCAGGAGGAGGUUCUCAUAGAUCCACAGAAUUUGGAGAAUCAGAAAGCUGCUUCCGAUGCUGCUGUCGAUGAGCAAGAAGACAUGGUUAUUAUCUCGCAGAUAGCAGUAAAGCUGGCAGAAUAUAAAGAGGAUUCUGCAUCACGAAUGGCUGAGGCUGAAGCCUCAUCUAAGCUGGAGGCUGAAGAAGUUGAUGAUAAGAUUGCUGCGGACAUCAAGAUAGAAGAAUAUGUUGAUGCUUUGCAGCCAGCACCAGAGCUCAAAAAAGAUUGUGAGAAUGCUGCUAAACCGGCGGAGACUGAAUCUCCAUCUAAGCUGGAGACUGAAGAAGUUGAUGAUAAGAUUACUGCGGACAUCAAGAUAGAAGAAUCUGUUAAUGCUUUGCAGCCAGCACCAGAGCUCAAAAAAGAUUGUGAGAAUGCUACUAAACCGGAAGAGACUGAAGCUCCAUCUAAGCUGGAAACUGAAGGAGCUGACAAUGACAUAACUUUGGAAGCACAGGUUAGGAGUGAAUCUCGGGUGGAACUAGGCCUUGAGGAGAACAAAGUGAAAGCUGAGAAGCAACCAUCUGAAAAAGAGGCAUCAUGUGUGGCAGCAGAUGCAAAGGUGGAAAUGGAAUUCAAAGCUGCUGAUGCGGAGCAAGCCAAUUCUCAUGACAAAGAGGUCUCAACUUAGAAAUUGCCUGGUUGGAGGAACCGGAGCUGAUGAUGACAAUAGGAGGAAUAGCCCAAAGAGGGCAAAAAAUCCAUGGACAAAUGGUUAACUGAAUUAUGACGAAACUUCACAAGCCAAAGGCGUUCAAAUUAGCCUCUGAAUCUUCUUAUUUUUAGACCUGUGCUCAUUUUACUUUGUUGACAUCGAUAGGCUACUUGCAUUGACUAGGAUUAUAGUAUGCUGAUACCACAAUAUUAUCGUCGCCAUUGUUUUUAUCACUGUUGAGAAAUGGUGUAGUUGAUUAUUGGUACUGUACCGCUGUUAAUAAACAGUUCUUGGCAUGCUCUUGCCGAAAGGAUAAUAAACUCAAUCCAGAUUUAUGACA